AAGGUAGUACCGAAGAGAGACCGGUGGAACCGUUGACACAGUUCAAGAGAGAGUGGAAUCGGACGGUAGUCUGGUUUAGUUCAUGGCACCGAGCUAAACUGGAGACCACAUUUACAUUAAUUACCGUCCAGCGUUGACGCUUUUCAAUUACUAGUUGUCGCCUGGUGAAAAUAUGCCGCGAAACGUGCGAUUUCUGGGAUCGUUAGGUCUGUUGUGUUUGGUGGCCGUCGCAUCGGCUACCCAAGUGAGCCAGUGUUCGAGCGCAAAGUUCGACAAUCUCACAGACAAUGUUCUAAUUGGUAACUGUGAUAAACCGCCCUGUAGACUCAGGAAAAACACGAAGAUACCUCUGACGCUUAAGUUCCAGCCUGGAAGCCAGGUAAAAAAUUUGAAGCAGACUGUGAACGCGAACUUGCUGGGAUUAGAAUUCCCUUUCAUCGGUGUUGACGGUAGCGACGCCUGCGACAGAAUAUACGAGGAGGACGGCAAAACCCAAAACAAUUGUAACUUCCAAGACGGCAAAACGUACAUAUUUAAAAACACGAUCGACGUGUUGCAGAUAUAUCCCAGGGUGAAAACGGUUGUGCACUGGGCUUUAACCGAUCCCACCACCGGCAAAGACGCGCUUUGCUUCGAAGUACCCGCUAAAAUUACAAAUUAAUUUCUUUUAUUUUUUUGGUGUAUUAAACGGCAUCUAGUCUCGAGAAA